CAGCCGCAGUAAAUGAGUAGUAGAAGAAGAAGCAGUUGCUUUGCGCAGGUGUUUACGUUUUUCUACUUCCGUAGCUGCCUAAAGCGGAAUAACGUUACUAAUCUAACGUAAUCCAGAAUUUUGAGAAGAAACAGUCGGUCAUGUUUCUCAUUUUUAAUUUAAGCAUUAGAAAUGCCUGAAUGAUAAAUACAAUUAAGGUAUUUUGCUGUCCACUUUAGGCACUGUAUCGCGAGUUUACCGCGUCGUUCAUCGCAGGCAAAGCUAAAGCUAAAGCUAGCGGUGUGUUAGCAGUGGGUCAGCGGCAGUGGACAUAAUAUAAUAAUCAUCGCCUGAUCCGCAUUUUGUCCAGUAUUAAUUUAGAUUUCAAACAAGGCAGUCAUGGCCACUAGGCGUCUGACCGAUGCCUUCUUGUUAAUGCGGAACAAUGCAAUCCAAAACCGGCAGAUAUUGGCUGAGCAAGUGAGUACAUACGACCCCCGUCUGAGUACACGUAGCAAUGCUGCGGAGCUUGAUGAGUUGGCUGAUGAUCGAAUGGCCCUGGUGUCAGGAAUUAGUCUGGAUCCUGAAGCGGCCAUUGGAGUCACCAAGAAACUGCCCCCCAAAUGGGUAGAGUGGGUUAAUGAGAUCCAGUACGAAAUCACACGGGUUCGGCAGAAAAUGAAAGAUCUGGCCUUACUUCAUGACAAGCAUAUGAAUCGACCCACACUUGAUGACAGUAGUGAGGAAGAACAUGCCAUAGAAAUCACUACUCAGGAGAUUACACAGAUGUUUCACCGAUGCCAGCGAGCUGUGACAGGCCUGCAGUCUCGUUGUGGCCACUGUACCGAGCAGGAGGAGAAGCUACUGCGAAACGUGGUCUCGUCCAUAGCACAGAGCCUGCAGGAUCUGUCCACCAAUUUCAGGCACACACAGUCCGGCUAUCUAAAACGUAUGAAGAAUCGUGAGGAGAGAUCAAAGCACUUUUUUGACUCUGGACCUCUAAUGGAAGAGGAUGAAGAUUUAGCUGUAUAUGACAAGGGGUUCACAGAUGACCAGUUAAUGCUGGUUGAACAGAACACAGUUAUGGUGGAAGAACGAGAGAGGGAAAUCCGACAAAUAGUGCAGUCCAUCUCAGAUCUGAAUGAGAUUUUCCGGGACUUGGCUGGAAUGGUGGUGGAACAGGGCACCGUUCUUGACAGGAUUGACUUCAAUGUGGAGCAGUCUUGUGUGAAAACAGAAGAAGGAAUGAAACAGUUACAAAAGGCGGAACAGUAUCAGAAGAAGAACAGAAAGAUGCUGGUCAUUUUGAUCCUCUUCAUCAUAGUCAUUGUUCUAAUUAUUAUUCUUUUUGGAACAAAGUUUUAAUUAUGCAUUCCUCAGGCUUUUGUUUUCUGUGUGGGUGUUUGUGUUGCAUCUGUGUGGACUUGGACUUGUUGGUCUCGGUUCUACCGAAAACAAAGCUGACUGCCUUUCAUUCCCACCAACAAACGUCAAGAAGAUCCCUUUAUAGGUGCACUUUGGGCUGUGUGGAUAUAUUUGUGGUUGAGUUUAAUGAAAAACAAUCAACAAUCUGUAUGAGCCUUCGCACCCAAAUCGCCAAGACUCUGUGACAGGUUCGUCGGACCUGACUAUGUUGACGUGUGUCUUAACAAAAGAAACACAGUUUGUGUUGUAUAAAAAUGGACUACCAAUGUUUAAAUGCUAAAGCAGUGUUUUCUGCUUGAACUCAAAGCAUGAAUUGUGACGUCUGUUGUGUGACACUGCAUCAUUUCUUUCCAGAAUCAUUGCGAAAAUGUUUCUGUAAGGAAGAUCUGACAAGAGCGAAUGUGUGUGAAAGACAUUACAUUUAUCCCCAGGUUCAGUAUUUUACGUUGGAAGAUUAAAGGAAAAUGUUUUGUAUUAGGACAGUACCAGAUAUGAAUAGAAUAGUAAUACAGUACCAAAAAUAUUCCUUUGGUUUAAGUACCACCUGUUUUUUAUCCUUUUACUCCACAAUUUAAAAAUCCUACCGGGAUCGUUACUUCAGUUUUGGCAUUUUUGGUUUGAGGAAGAUGUUGGCAGCCAUGAGCAUCUUCUACUUGAUCUUCUAAUUCUAAAAUCAUACCUGCGUCACACCUGCUGCACUUGUCAUGAAGUGCUUAUUUUAAAACACUUAAUCGUUAAUGGUCCUUGCUUAAAGUGCUACCUUUUUUAAACACUUGCAGUUUGCACAUAUUGAGGCCUAAGGGGAGGGUGGUUGUGUUAGGGAUGUAAUACUACUGUCAUCUGUAAGAUGAAAAUAAUUAUUUAUUUUUAAUAACUUUAAAUAAUCAAGAGAUUUAGAGUUGUUCUUUGUCAAGCAGAAUUGUUGUAUAUUGAGAAAAGUGUAUCUGUAUCUAAAUCUAAAUCCAACAGUUAUUGUCCACUCCACUGAGAAAACCGCAAUGUAGCCUAACAAAAGCAGACAUAUGAAGACAGCAUUAUAAUUUCAUUUUAGUUGGCUUGGCUCUGGGAAUUACUUUACAUGUCCUUGUGUUCUAUGAAGACUGAUUAGCAAGAAUAAUGAAGAGCUUUAUUUAACAUAUCUGUACUGGACUCUACACUUUACACAUGUUAAAUCAUUGUCUUGAUGUGAAGUUUUGUGUGAAAAAUGGUUAUGUCUUAGUGGUACUCUACCUAAGUUUUGAUUUCCAAACAAAACUGUUGAGACGGCAACUUUUUUUGGUUUUUUUAAAUAAACCUGGAACAUGA